AUGUUGACUCUAGCAAUUGGUGACUUGUUCAUCCCAGAACGAGCUAUAGAUAUACCUCAGAAGUUUAAAAAGUUAUUGGCACCAAAUCCACAAAGCAUGCCCACCAACAGCAAAAUAGAUCGAGUUGUAUGUUUGGGCAAUAUACUCAACUCAACAUCAACCCUACAGUUCCUAAACAAUAUUUCACCAAAGUUUGACCUAGUAAAAGGCGAAUAUGAUGAUGCAGAUAUGAUAUCACAACAGUUGCAGUUGAUUGUUGAAUCACAAACAAAGUCGCUUUCAAGAAGAGAAACUACCAACGCCAAAAUUCCAAUACACGGUCGAUUUGUUCAUGACAACUUAAAAAUCGGAUUCACUAACGGCACCCAGAUUGUUCCGCGAGGUGAUCCAUUAGCAUUGAGUGCAUUUGCAAGAGAAUUAGAUGUAGACGUAUUGAUAUGGGGCGGAACGCACCGAGUAGAAGCAUAUACAUUGGAUGGUAAAUUCUUUGUGAAUCCAGGAAGCGCCACUGGUGCUUUCAGUUUCGACUGGCCUGAAUUUGAAGAUGAGGAGGAAGACCAGGAAGAGGAAAGUGAUUCGGAGAAGGUGGGAAAGAAAAGUGAGAGGAAGCGACAAACUGAAGUGAGUGACUCAACACACUUGACUGAAGGUAAUAACGAAGUGGACACGAAGAAAGUAGAGAACAAAGAAAAGACGGAAAAAACUGAUCAAGGUGAAUCAAAUAAGGAAGCAGUAGCUAAUGACGCAUUCAAGGAAACGCUCUAUGAGGUCACGGAGCUCAACACUAACAUCCCUUCAUUCUGCUUACUAGAUACCAAGGGUUCCACUUGCAUCCUUUACAUUUAUACAUAUUUCCACAACGAAGUGAAAGUGGAUAAAGUUACAUACAACAAAGAAUAA